CGGGUGGGCCUAAAAAUGUAAACAUUUAAAAUUUGAAUCGUGAUUCGUAUUUUGUUGUUUUGGCUUCGCAAAAUUUUCAGUAUCAAUAUUCCGAAUAUUCUCUCGUAAAAAUCAGGUAAUCGUGCAAAGAUUUGCCCCACAAUGAAGGAUUCGGACGAGCUGGAGCUUCAGGUCAAUGCCGACGAAAUGUGCCGCACCUGUUUGGGCCAAUUUCCGACGGGUCAAUUGAAGCCAAUUUUCUGCAACGAAAUCCUGGACGGCAAAAUCAUCUCUUUCCCCAAGGUGCUGGAAUCUACCGUGGGAAUCAAGCCAGCGAAAAACGAAGCCUUCCCGAAAAAUGUUUGCGUAGAUUGCAAAAGCAAGUUGAAGGAGCUAUUUUCCUUCAGAGAGAAGACUACAAAAUCGUUCGAUCUGUUGUAUGAAAUAUUCGGCAUUGCAAAACCACCGGUUUCCCAACCACUAAAGAAGGAACUGAGCGUAGCGGGCACACAAACGUGUCCUUUAAUUAUCAACGAAGAAGAUUUAGAAACAUGUCAUCAAUAUCUGACGAUCACCCGGGCAGCGAAACCGACCACGAGCGAUGCGGCUUGCCAAGCUGGACCAAAGACGGAAGAAUCGCCGUGUCAAACCGAAUCGCUAGCAGUCACCAAGAAAGAUGCCUCCACACAGAUAGAUCAUCCUUCGUUGCAAAAUUUUGAGAUUUCCCCGGUUGAAGAGGAAACGGGCAGUCAAACAAACGAAACAUUGUACGUGGAAGAGACGACGGAAAUGGAUGACGAUAAUUUCAGCCAGGUGGACGUGAUUGACGAUAUGGGAGCGGCGGAUAAUAUUGUCGACGAUACGGACCUGGAGCUCGAUGACAAUGAAAUGCCGGCACUUUUGGAGCAGGAUGAGUUCAACUUCGUAGAAAAAUCAAGCGACAAAUCGGACAACCAUGACAAGGCAGAGCAAGGCAUUGAACAUGAAACUAUUGAAUACUUAACAUACGAAGUAAUUCGAGAAGAAGAAGAAGAAGAAGAACCUGAAACUGAAGUCAAAUCUAGCCGAAGUUUCAAAGAAGCUACCUCCAAAGUUGGCAUUGAGAAGAAAUGCAAUUAUUGUCAGUUUGUUUCGAGCGUUAAAUCAGCCUUCAAUGAUCAUUAUGCCAUCCACGAGCAGACAAUUGAAACUAUUUUCGAUAGAGUAGAUUACUAUCGAUGCACCAACUGUAAGGUGGUCUAUCCGACAUUGUCGAAACUACAGGACCACGCCACCACUGAAGAAUGUAAUGCAAUAGAUCGUGAAGAUUUUGAAGAGUCCAGUGAUGCGAUCGUACAUGAGCAGUUCUACAACGUGGGGUUGGACAUAUGCCUGCCAAGAAUGAAAACGUUCCACCUCAAUGAAAGGUCACAAGUGGUUUGCGGUUUCUGCAGCUUAGCUUUUGAAACGUGGUCUGAUGCUUUGGAGCACUACUCUUCAAUUCACGAAAACGAGGAAACUAGCGCUGAAGACGUCAGUCGCAUUUGGAAUACCUACGGAUAUGAUCGAAUCCACAGAUGCGGAAUAUGCAAGGACCAGUUUGCGGACGCAAGCUUCAUACGGCAACAUGUUUAUUUCCAUAGAUCGAGGUAUGACUGCCCGUACGAUUGCUCGGGAACGUUCCGGGAUUUCUUCAAGCUGACGGUACAUUUGAAUCAAAACCAUCUCUGCAAGAAAACUGGUUUGGUUGCUGACGCCAAGGUGCUGCCUUCGCAACCCGAUAUGGUGUGCCAAAUUUGCUUCAAACGGUUCACCUCCGAAGCGUCGUAUAAGGUGCACACAAAAAACCAUUUUGCAAACCGUCGCUAUACAUGUACCGAGUGCCCGAAGGCGUUCCUGCAGAAGUGUGAUCUCACCAUCCACAUGCGGUCGCACACCGACGAGCGCCCGUUUGCCUGUACGGUGCCGGGAUGUGACAAAAAGUUCCGCACUUCGAGUCACCGGCGCGACCACAUGUCCACGCAUGCCGAGGAGAAAAAGUACCAAUGCGAUAUCUGCCUGAAGCACUUCAAAGCGGAAAGAAUUCUUCAGGGCCAUAUAAGGUUACACUCUGGAUUUAGACCAUUUGAUUGUUCUGAAUGUGGGAAAACAUUUAGCCGGAAGCAUCACGUGAAGCUACACAUGAAAACUCACGGGAAGAAUGUGAAAUUCGAGUAAUCUAUAAGCAACAAAGGUAAGUUUUAUGUCCAAAACUGUAAUAAAAAUGUAGGGUAGCAACAUAAAUAUCAAUGGG